GUGAAAUCGUGUGCUUCAACCAUCAACACGUCCAGCUUCGUUGCGACCCUCGUAGCAUCGAACCACACGAUGAUAGUGGCAGUGCAUCCAUGCAGUCAAUAUAUGGACGUCAAUUAGGCUGGACCUGGCCCAAAAGGCCCCAGGUCUCGGCUGUCACGACUGCAAAGACCUCAAUCUCCCGACCAGGCCCGGCCUUCUUCUCCAUCCGAACGAACACUCGCCCUGCUCUCCAUCCCGUGCGGCUGGCCCAACUGUCACUGCUACAGCAGCGGAACUACGCCAACCACAAGCUCGAUUUUCACGCCAUAGACCAAAAAUGGCGUCACCAGUGGAAAGCACUCCGUGAAUCCCAGUCCGACCCAGCCGCCAGCAAUGGCAAGCUGGUGGAUGAUUCCAGGGUCAAAUAUGUCUUGCCUAUGUUCCCUUACCCCUCGGGCACCUUGCAUCUUGGCCACCUCCGCGUCUAUACCAUUGCCGAUGUCAUUGCUCGGUUCUACACCUUACGGGGCCACAACGUCCUGCUUCCCAUGGGAUGGGAUGCCUUCGGUCUUCCCGCGGAGAACGCUGCCAUUGAGCGCGGCAUUGACCCAGCUACCUGGACCAGGACGAACAUCGCCAAGAUGAAGUCUCAACUGGACUUGAUGAACGGUAGCUGGGACUGGGAUAGGGAGCUUACCACUUGCGAACCCGACUUCUACCGACACACCCAGAAGCUCUUCUUGAUGUUACACGAACGUGGUCUGGCGUACCAGGCCGAAUCCGAGGUCAACUGGGAUCCCGUGGACAUGACGGUGCUCGCCAACGAACAAGUCGACGCCAACGGGAGCUCGUGGCGAUCUGGAGCCAAAGUCGAGAAACGCCGCCUGAAGCAAUGGUUCUUCCGCAUAUCCGAGUUUCGAGAAGAACUUCUCCGCGACCUCGAAGUCCUGAAUAAGGACGACGCUUGGCCUGAGAGGGUUCUAUCCAUGCAGAAGAAUUGGUUGGGCAAGUCUACCGGCGCGACCAUCAAGUUUCCCGUGCUGGCCAUGGGACAGGACAGCCAUGCAGCCAUCGAGGUCUUCACGACACGGCCAGACACCUUGUUCGGCGUCCAGUACCUGGCUUUGGCAUCUACCCACCCGAUUGUCAAGUCCUUGGCCCUGAGUGAUCCGGAGCUCCAGGCUUUCUUGGACACUCUUCCCGGGUUCCCGCGCGACUCCAAGGUCGGCUAUAUGCUGCCUCAACUGCGGGCCGUCAACCCGCUAGCUUAUCACGAGGGCACUCCCGAGGCGACCAAGGCCUCUAUUCCCAUAUACGUGGCGUCGUACGUGCUCGGCGACUACGGCGAAGGAGCUGUCAUGGGCGUGCCGGGACAUGAUGAGCGGGAUCACGCCUUUUGGAAAGAACAUCGCUACGACGAGCCUGUGCGGUACGUCCUCGCCGCUUCGGAAGACGAGUCGACCACCGCGUUGCGCAACGAGCCCUUCGUCGAACAUGGUGUCAUGACCGGGCACAGCGGACCUUUCGAGGGCAAGCCGUCGGUUGAGGGAUCCAAGAUUCUCGUGGCUAUGCUGGAGGCCGCCGGUCUCGCCAACCCCAUGGACAAGUGGCGGCUCCGGGACUGGCUGAUCAGCCGGCAGCGGUACUGGGGCACUCCGAUCCCCAUCAUACACUGCCGUCAAUGUGGUCCCGUGCCUGUGCCGGAGGAUCAGCUUCCAGUCACCCUCCCCGAUGUUCGCGAUCACUGGACUCAUGGGAAACCCGGCAACCCGCUGGAAAAGACCCCUGACUGGGUCAACGUUAGCUGCCCUAAGUGCGGGGAGGCGGCUAAACGUGAGACGGACACCAUGGAUACAUUUGUCGAUUCGAGCUGGUACUAUGCCCGUUUCACCGACCCGCACAACGAGCAGCAGCCCUUCUCUCAGGAGGCGGCGCGGCAACUGCCCGUCGACCUCUACAUCGGGGGCAUAGAGCACGCGAUCCUGCAUCUGCUGUAUGCGCGGUUCAUCUACAAGUUUAUGGCCUCCACGGAACUAUUCCCCCCAACUACGGCAGCCAACGAAGAAUCGACACAUGAGCCGUUCACGAGACUAAUCACGCAAGGGAUGGUGCACGGCAAGACAUUCAGCGACCCGUCUUCCGGCCGGUUUCUGAAGCCCGACGAACUGGACCUGAGCAACCCAGCAGAGCCCAAGGUUGCUUCGACCGGAGCCACGGCCACCGUUAGCUUCGAGAAGAUGUCCAAGUCGAAGUACAACGGGGUGGACCCCACCGACUUUAUCGCAAAGUAUGGCGCCGACGCCACUCGGGCCCAUAUGCUGUUCCAAGCCCCCGUCAGCGACAUCCUCAACUGGGACGAAGAAAAGAUCAUCGGAGUCACGCGUUGGCUAAGCCGACUGUACGACUACGUCAAGAGCCUGGCGGAAACCGAACCAGACACGACCGACUCGGAUGGGUCGGCAACGGCGCACCUCAGGGAACAAGCAAGACGACUAGACGAGAUGACGGAAGCCGAGCUGUCGAGGUGGGACGCCGACGCCGCCAUCUGGCGAUCGGUGCAAUCGACCAUCGAGUCGGUGACGGCCUCGUACCAGAAGGUGUACCCGAUCAACACGGUGGUGUCGGACCUCAUGGGCCUGACCAACACGUUACACGAGCGCAGCGAGACGGCCAGUGCGUUGGUGCAGCGCGAGGCGGCUUCGGCGGCCAUCCGCAUGCUGGCGCCCAUCACGCCGGCUUUCGCCGAGGAGUGCUGGACCGUCCUCUACCCGGGUGCCAGAGGAUCGAUGUUCCAGACGGCGGCGUUCCCGGAGCCGGAUGACACGGCGCCGCUCCUGCAGCCACGGAAGCAGCCUGUGGCGAUCCAGAUCAACGGGAAGCUCCGCGGGGUGGUGGAGAUUCCCAAGCCGCCGGCGCGUCUGGAGGGCGAUGCGGAGGCGCUGCGGGAGUGGAUGGUGGCCGAGAUGUUCAAGACGGAGGAAGGGAAGACGAAGUUCUCCGAAGGAGCGUGGGACGUGCGGAAGCCGAAGCGGGUUAUCUUGGCUCGUGGAGGGAAGACGAUCAACUUUGUAGUGUAAAAUAUCUCUUGUAUUGCUAUUCAGAUGUAAGAUACCUUAUGGACGGGAUACCGCGCGGGCCUGACGAAGAAAAUGUGGCAUUAGUAGAAUAGAUAUCCUAGCUUAGUGAAGAUGGGGAUGGCCCUGGCAAGCAUGGCGUCGACGUUUUGUUGUAUCAGAUGGUAUCAGAUUGACUAUGUUUGUUGGUGAUAUUCAUCAAUAGGUGGACAGAAAAAAAAUAAAAAAGGGGAAAGGAGAAUAAAAAUACGAAGGAAGAAAAAAGAAAGCAAAAAGAAAUGCUCGGAGGCGGAUUCGAACUGCCGUCAAUGCAGUAUUGUAGUAGGAACCACAAUGCAUCAUCCUAACCAACUAGACGAUCCGAGCGUCUGACUCGCCGCUGC